AUGGUGAAGGAGCAAUAUAGAGAAACCGAUGUCGCUCGGAAAAUAUCGCAUGUGUCGUUUGGUGUGGACAGUCUGCAGCAAAUGCAGCAACAAGCACACUUGCAUGUUGUUGUUAAAGACCUGUACGAGGGAGAAGGAGGUCCUGUGCGGAAACCUUUUGCGUAUGGUGUCCUUGACCGUCAUAUGGGUACAAAUCAAAAAGAUGCUACUUGUGCUACUUGUGGCAAAGGCUUGAGUGAUUGCAUUGGACACUUUGGAUACAUUGAUCUAAAACUACCUGUUUUUCAUCUGGGCUAUUUUCGGUCUGUUAUAACUGUACUCCAAUCAAUAUGCAAGACCUGCUCAAGAGUUCUGCUUAGCGAUAAGGAUAGAGUAGCUUUCCGAUCUCGCAUACUGAAUCCCAACUUGCCAUAUCUAUCUAAAAAAGCUCUCCGCAAGCAAAUUCUUGACAAAACCAAAAAAAUAUCAGUAUGCCCUCAUUGUCGAUCACUGAAUGGAGUUGUCAAAAAAUGUGGUAUGUUCAAGAUUAGUCAUGACAGAUAUCGCAACAAGAAAAAAUCAGAUCCUGUGGUCACAGAUAAACUUGCUGAAUAUUCUGAAGCUGUUGAAGCCAAUAAAGAAAUUGAAACGGUCCUCCCUAAUGCUCUUAUCUACAUAUUGAAUCCAUUGGAAGUUCUUCGGCUGCUAGAACAAAUUCCAGAUGAAGAUAUUCCAUAUCUUGUUAUGAAUCCAAAUUGUGGGAGACCUCAAGACUUAAUAUUGACCCGUAUACCUGUGCCUCCUAUAAGUAUAAGGCCAUCAGUAGUGUCUGAAUUGAAGUCGGGAACAAAUGAAGAUGAGCUUACUAUGAGGUUGUCUGAGAUAGUUCUCAUGAACAAUCUCAUAGAGACCAAGGAGAAGAAACAAGGUGCCACUGUCCAGCAAGUGAAUGAAGCUUGGGAGUUUCUACAACUCUUGUGUGCAUUGUAUAUUAACAGUGAAUUAAGCAUUCCCUUCAAUAUGCAGGGUGUCAAAUCUGGCAGGGGUUUGGUGCAACGGUUGAAAGGAAAACAAGGCCGUUUCAGAGGAAAUUUGUCUGGAAAACGAGUUGAUUUCUCCAGCAGAACUGUGAUAUCUCCAGAUCCCAAUUUAAAAAUUGAGCAAGUGGGAGUUCCUGUUCUUGUAGCUAAAACUUUGACCUUCCCAGAAAGAGUGAAUUCCACUAACCUGGAACUUAUGCGAAAACUAGUGACAAAUGGUCCUAAUGUGCAUCCUGGUGCAAAUUUCAUAGAGCAAAGUGGCACUACAUUCAAGAAAUUUUUACGCUAUGGCAACAGAGCAAAGAUGGCACAAGAAUUGAAGCUAGGGGAUAUAGUUGAACGACAUCUUAUGGAUGGAGAUGUUGUCUUAUUUAAUAGGCAGCCAAGUUUGCACAAAUUGAGUAUUAUGGCUCACAGAGCCAAGGUUCUAGAACAUCGCACUUUCAGAUUCAAUGAAUGUGUGUGCACUCCUUACAAUGCUGAUUUUGAUGGAGAUGAAAUGAAUCUCCAUUUGCCUCAAACUGAGGAAGCAAAAGCUGAGGCUCUAAUUUUGAUGGGCAACAAAUCUAAUUUGGUCACUCCUAGGAAUGGGGAGUUACUAAUUGCUGCCACUCAAGAUUUUAUCACUGGAGGAUACCUUCUGACUCAAAAAGAUGAGUUUCUGGACCGUGGUCAAGCUUGCCAAUUGGCUUCAUGUCUCCUUGCAGGGGAUGACUCAAAUAUGAAUAUUGAAUUACCCAAGCCUGCAAUUUGCAAACCUGCGAUGUUGUGGACAGGGAAACAAAUAUUCAGCCUUCUGCUCAGACCCAACAAGACAUGUCCGGUCAAAGCAAACCUUCGGACCAAAGGACGAGCAUACACAAGCAACGAGGAGAUGUGCAUCAAUGAUUCUUAUGUAAAUAUUCGUAACUCUGAGCUACUAUCUGGAUCCAUGGACAAAUCAACUUUAGGAUCAGGCGCUAAAAAUAACAUCUUUUAUGUACUUCUUCGUGACUUUGGAGAAGAUAUUGCUGCUCUGGCUAUGUGGCGGUUAUCUCGUAUGGCUAGUGCCUACCUCAUGAAUCGGGGGUUUUCAAUAGGUAUUGGUGAUGUAACUCCAGGGCAAGGAUUGCUGAGAGCUAAGAUGCAACUUCUCAAUGCAGGGUACACAAAGUGCCAACAAUUUAUCACUGCAAUGUCGGAGGGACGUUUACAGUGCCAGCCAGGUUGCUCUGAAGAAGAAACUCUGGAAGCUGUUAUCCUGAAAGAAUUGUCUGUCAUUCGUGAUCAUGCUGGAAAAGCUUGCCUGAAGGAGUUACCUCGGAGUAAUAGCCCUCUUGUUAUGGCUCUCAGUGGUUCUAAAGGAUCUUUUAUUAACAUUUCUCAAAUGAUAGCUUGUGUCGGACAGCAAGCUAUUAGUGGGCACAGAGUACCCAACGGGUUUGAAGAUCGAGCCCUUCCUCAUUUCCAUAGACACUCUAAAACACCUGCUGCCAAAGGAUUUGUUGAAAAUAGCUUCUACUCUGGUCUGACUCCCACAGAAUUUUUCUUCCACACAAUGGGUGGCCGUGAGGGUCUUGUAGACACAGCUGUGAAAACAGCAGAAACUGGUUAUAUGCAGCGCCGACUAGUUAAAUCUUUGGAAGAUUUGUGUCUUCAAUAUGACAUGACAGUGCGGAAUUCCACAGGUGAUAUUGUUCAAUUUUGUUUUGGAGGUGAUGGAUUAGAUCCAACUUACAUGGAAGGCAAGGAUUGCCCGGUGGAUUUUGCUCGAGUUCUGGAUCAUGUAUGCAUAAAAUGCCCCCAGAGGGAUGAGGAGGCUCUGGAUGCACCUUGUGUGUUGCAAGCAAGCCAGGAAAUUCUCAAGUCUGAAGACUUUGAUUCAUGUAGCAAGGAGUUCAAGGAACAGCUCAUGGAAUUUUCUGAGAGCGUUGCAAGGAAGAUUGCUAGGUUCAGGCACAAGUAUGGGAUUUCAGAAGAUGGUGGAACCUACCCUGCUGUCUUGCUGGAACCCGAACGUAUAACCAUUAGCCAGCUUGUGGAGUUUUUCCAUACAUGUCGAGAAAAGUACAUGAGGGCUAAAAUUGAACCAGGUACUGCAGUAGGAGCAUUGGCUGCUCAAAGUAUAGGUGAACCAGGCACACAAAUGACAUUGAAAACUUUCCACUUUGCUGGUGUUGCUUCCAUGAAUAUUACUCAAGGUGUUCCUAGAAUAAAGGAAAUAAUCAAUGCAAGUAAAAACAUUAGCACACCUAUAAUAACUGCUCAUCUUGAAAAUGAUACUGACCCUGAAUUCGCUCGCAGAGUGAAAGGACGCAUAGAAAAGACAACACUGGGAGAAGUGUCUGCUUUCAUUGAAGAAUGUUAUUUACCUGAUGAAUGUUUUAUUCUCAUAAAACUAGAUAUUGAGCGGAUUAGGCUUUUAAAAUUAGAAGUGAACGUUGAUUCAAUUUGCUACAGCAUUAUGACAACACGCUUCAAAGCCAAACCCAAGAAAGUUUCUGCCCAGUCUUCCACAUUAAUCACAGUACAUCCAAAUGCAGCCAAAACAACUUUAAAUGGAGCUAUGCAAGCAUUACAUGAAGCUUUACCAAAAGUUGUCAUCAUGGGAUUACCAACAGUCGCUCGGGCUGUCAUCCACAAUGAUGAUUCUGCUGGUAAAACAGUUUACAAACUCUUUGUGGAAGGCGACAAUUUGCGGGAGGUGAUGGCUACACCGGGAGUGAAAGGAGCUCAAACAACGUCCAACAAUACUUAUGAAGUGUUUGCAACACUUGGUAUUGAAGCGGCAAGGUCAACCAUCAUGUCUGAAAUCAAACUGGUCAUGGAAAACCAUGGAAUGAGCAUUGAUCAUCGUCAUGCUAUGCUGGUUGCUGAUCUCAUGACUAGCAGAGGAGAAGUUCUUGGAAUUACCCGACAUGGAUUGGCAAAAAUGAAAGAAUCUGUUCUAAAUUUGGCCUCUUUUGAAAAAACAGCUGACCAUUUGUUUGAUGCCGCUUAUUAUGGACAAAAAGAUGCUAUCACAGGAGUGAGUGAAGCAAUCAUCAUGGGGAUCCCAAUGUCCAUUGGAACAGGUCUAUUCAAGAUGCUUCACAAAGCUCAGGAAUCUAGUCCUGUACAGCAGAGAACGCUUGUGUUUGAUGAUCCAACUUUACAUCCCAAAAUCAACACAUCUUCUGGAGAUUGGUUUCAAAGUAAAGUUACAUGAAAUUUAACUUAAUACUUAAAGAUAAUAUUUAUUGAUCUAUAGAACAUCUGGAAGUUACUUUAUUAUUGUGCAAAAGUAGGGAGAGAAAUGACUUACAAAUUAAAGUAUGAUUUACCUUUGA